AAGUACUGUUUUACAACUCAAAUUUGCCGAAGCUCUAUUAGAGUGAGGAGAGAAUGGCUCAUUUUUUUGUCUGCUUGUCCUUCUUUGUCGUUUGCUUGUGCUUUCAUGUCCUUGUAUUCUUGCUUAGUACACCAAAAAAAAAAAAAAACUCUAAUAUAGGAUGGUAAUGGCUUUGCAAGCAUUCCAUAGUCAAUUGACAUUCAAAUAAGCAUUAUAUGUCUCAAACAUAUAAUGAAAGGGUCACAUUUAGUCACUCUCCUGUUAGCCUCCGUCCAACUCCAGUCACUCAAAUUACUGAAACAUGUCACAUUUAAUCACUCGAAUUACUGAAACAUGUCACAUUUAGUCACUCUCCUGUUAGUUUCCGUCCAACUCCGUUAAUGAAGUUGGACGGAAACUAACGGGACAGUGACUAAAUGCGAUCUGUUUCAGUAAUUCGAGUGACCAAAAUUGAUAUUAAAAUUUUCUAGUGACUAAACAUCACACAAUUUAGUAAUUUCAGUGACAAAAUGUGGCAUUUAGCCUAUAAUGAAAUAAUCACAUUAAACACAUAUAAUCAAUAUGUUUUCAACAAAGAUCAGAACCCCAAACUCAAUACUUGCUUGUCCCUAAGUAAUGACUAAGCAAGAGAAAGGUAAAUUGAGGAAACAAAACACAGACCCCAUUAAGUGACAACCGUGCUCAAAACACAAGACCCACGACACACAGAAAACAACAUUAACACCAGAAAUUUAUCCUUGUACGCUUGUGAUUAUCAGUAGUUUCUUUCUCACUGGAUGAGUUGUGCUUUAAUGAUCAUACCUUUCACCCCAUACUCAAUGUCUUUGCAACCCUUUACUGUUGAUAGACUCAAACAUUGUACGACUUAUCACAAUUCAAUUCAAUUAGCAACACUCAAUUCCGAUCAUCAAUAGUGGGUAAUUAACAACUUAUGGUGCAAUAGUUAAUUAGUUAUUAGGAGAAUCUAACCACAUCAGUGAGGUGCAUAUCUCGUGAGGACAAUCUAGCUUACUUACACCAACCAUUAGCAUCCAACUAAGCAUGAAAGUCUAAAAAGUGCAUGGGGAAGCUUUUAGUAAAUUUGGUUUUAACUUUAAGAACAUCACUACCUUUCUUGACAAUGAGAGGCUUUCUCUCUUUCCGAUUUUGCUUGCCGAGUAACCGUAUUUAGUACAAGUGAGUUUUGUUUCUUACUACUGGUGACCGAGCAAGAGCAAUUUCUGCUUCUUCGCACUCGCAUAAGGGCUUCUUUCAACUUCUUUUCCUCGGUCCGUGUGGAGGGUCAAUGCAACAGAGGGGUGUCGGAAGCUUUAUCUGUGCCCUCUAAGCACAUUCUUAAAUGACACUUAACACGGCAGGGGAUUGUAUUUGAUAAGCAACAUCGUACGAUCACAAACCGAUGCUCAAUUGAACUUUUCCUAAUUCCCCUAUGCAAAGAGUAAUUGCCUCACAAGAUCUUGGUACUUUACCCACACUUUAAUUGUUAUGGCAAAUUUCUUAUAUUCUACUUGUCAAGUAGGAUUUUCUUAUUUAUAAAGAUACUGUUUACCCCAUAUAAAACAUUUAAAACAGAGAGACUCAUUGGCAAAGUCAGAAACUCAAAAGAGAUGCAACUAAGCAAGGUAUCCAACGUAUCGAAUGGUCAAUGCUCUCCACCUAACCACUUCACCAAAAGGCAUUACACUAUCCUCUCAAAAGAGAAUGUUGCUAAAGGAGUUUGCUAAUUCAAAACACAUUAAGCCAGUCAAAAACAUCAAGCUAAUUGUGAAGAUCUUUGACAUUCAACACUUGUGGGGUGAUUUUGAUGAUUCCAAACAUGCACAAGCUCGUUCAAAAGGCACCAAAAUCAUUUACAUCAUGUUACCACAAGAGUACAAUGUUUUUUUAGGUGUUUUUUAGCCUUUAGGUUUAGCACAAGCAUUUGAACCUGCACAUUCAGACUACAUGCAGUUUUCCUGUGCACAACCUACUGCAGUUUUUUAACUGACCACAUCACAUGACAAAAGGAACAAAACGAAACACUAAAACUCACCACCCCACACUCAGGAUGGAACAUUGCCGCUAAUGUCCAACUCCUAAUCUAAACAUGCAUGAGUUUGACACAACUAAAAAAAAAAAUAAAGAAAAGAAAACUAACCUUGGGUUGCCUCCUAAGAAGCGCUUGUUUAGCGUCCUCAACUUGACGUUCAUGGAGAUUUCAACAAUGGGUAUAGAAAGGUAUCCUGAAUACCCUCCAGAACAAUGAUAGAACACAUAACCUCCAUCCAACAUAUGAGUUACCUUCACAGGGCCAGGUGUGCGAAAAUUCGAUAUGACCUUCUUAGCUUGCAUGUUAGACCCUUUAUUGAGGCGUAGGUGGUAUUGCAGCAACGCCUCAAGCAAGUAUUCUUCCUGUUUCAAUGUCAGUGAAGAAGGAAUAAUAACAGGAAGAUUGAAAUCCAUACCCAAAUAUCUAUACUUGAGAUGACCUGGUAAGUAAUUAUGUCCUUGCUUUGAUUUCAGAAUCUGAGAUGAUAGGACAUGUGAUAGUUCUUCGGGUGGUACACCAUCACUGGAAGAGGAACUAUUUCUUUCUCGAGCAACGCUUUCAAAGUCAUAAAAUGAUUCGUGAAUAUAAUGAUCAACUUGAAAGACAUAAAAAAAUUUCCUCCUCCUUACCUACUCUACUUGGAAUGUCAACUUGCCUCUCCCGACAUCAAUGAGUUCAUCUCUAGUGGCUAGAAAAGGUCUACCAAGGAUGAGUGGCGGUCCCUGAUCAUCUUCCAUCUCCUGGAUAGCCUUUGGCAUAUAUAUAUAUAUAUAUAUGGUGGCUACUUCGGUGCACUCACCUUUUUAGUGCAUUCAAUGUACUCAACUCUAAAAGUGACCAUAAUACACCGAAUUUUAAAUUUUAAUUGGUAGCAUUAGUCUUGUAUGAUGAUAUAACAUAGAAUUAUUUAUAACUAUUCCAUCCAUUACCCUAACCCCUUAACCCUCAAUUUUGAAAAUCUCCAAAUUGUAAACCUAAACCUUAAGCCUAAAUCUCUAAACCCUAAACCAUUCAAAUUAAAGUAACUCUUGAAUAGUUUUUGUACAAAUUCAUGUAUUUUCUUGUUCAUCAUAUCACAAAUGGUGAUUGUAAUCGUUUCUAUAUGAAUCGCCCGCUCAGAAUGACGAUUAUGAGACGAGUAACCGCCACCGUAGCAAAUAUAUUGGAAUCCCGCAUGUUUCGGCAACUUUUCUAAGCGAAGCUAAUUAAAUGAGGUUGACAAUUUUAGCAAAUCAAUAUACGAUAAGACAAAUUUAUGAGUGGACGAAAGCAAUCUGGAUGCAUGCAUGUCAGCAUUCGAUAUAUGAGUGCAAUUAGCAGCUAAUUUCGUUUUGUCUUCUUCAUGAUCUGUACGUACGUACAUACUCGAUAUCUAAAUUGGCAGUAAGUACGUACGUACGUACGCAAUAUUAAUCGCAAUCUCCAUCUAUCGAUCCCGAUCAUAUGGGUCCUAUCUCGUCGAGAUCAUGGUCGGGAUGGACCUUUUCGUUUCUUUCGUUACAGCUUCUUGCUUCCUUGAAUUACUGUUUCUGCCAUACAAAUAAGACCCACCACCAAUGGUUGGAAGCACAAGCGACAUGGUACGGUCCUCCCACCGGCGCCGGAACCACCGGUGGAGCUUGCGGUUACACCGACAGCGUUGAGAAGCCCCCAUUCCACAAGCUGGUAGCCGCCGGCGGGGAUGCGUUUUACAAGUCCGGGAAAGGGUGCGGAGGGUGCUACAAGGUGAAAUGCAAAUCCCAUCCCGACUGCUCCAAGCGCCCGGUCAACAUCGUCAUCACCGACCACUGCCCCGGCACCAACCAGCACUUCGACUUGAGCGGCCACGCCUUCGGAGCCAUGGCCCGCCCCGGCAAGGAAGACCUUCUCCGCUCCGCCGGGAAGCUCACCGUCAAAUACAGGAGGCAUCCAUGCAAGUUUUAUGGGACCCCGAUGACGUUCCACGUCGACGCCGGCUCCAACCCGUACUAUUUGGAGGUGCUGGUGGAGUUCGUGGAGGGAGACGGCACCAUCUGCUCCGUGGAGUUGAGAGCAGCAAACUCCAACGAGUGGGUUCAGAUGAAACCCUCAUGGGGAGCGCUGUGGCAACACAGCUGUAGCUCUCCUCUGUGUGGGCCCAUCUCUUUCCGCAUUACCACGGACGAAACCAAACGGGUCGUCACCGUCAACGACGUCUUGCCCAAGGAUUGGAAGCCCGGACAGGAUUAUCGUGCCACUCAUCAUUAAACCUUCGUCAACGUGUGUUCGCAUGACUUGCUUCAUUUAUUUAUUUAUUUAUUUAGGAUGAACGUAUGAAUCCAUGAUGUGUCAUCUAACUUGGAUUUCUAUGUUCCAAUUGUGUUUCCAAACUUUGGCAUUGUGUUAUGCGGCCAACGCACGCUCGCACCACGCUCGACGUGAUGAUGUUCGUAGACGAAUUAGAGGAUGAGAGGGUGAUCGUGACGACGGCAUUUGAAAUGAGUCAUGUUAUAUAAAUAACUCAGAUCCUUUAAUUAACUCUACGUUUAACCAAGAAAAGUGAGCUUUAGUUGGACGUGGUAGUAUAGAGGUUCAAGGUCUUAAAUCAGAAUUUUCACUCUAAAGUCGACUCCCUUUCGUCAAAUAAAGAAAAUGGGAUCUUAUAGUGAUCUAUAGGUUACAUCAUGCACAUGACAAGGGCAAUGACCACCAUUCUGUCAUGACUUCGAACCAGAACCAUCAUUAAAAACGUGCAACAGCAGAUGAGUCAUGUCUUAGGUCACAACUUUACCUUGGGCAUGACCUGUAAUACGAUGUCACUUUUGAAGGUCUUCAAUUGUGGUUUGACUUUGAUCAAUGUCAUGAGGGAUGUCUUCCUGCCACGAUUAUUGUCGUGAUCACGAUUUUUCUCUUAUGGCUAUGAAAGUUGGCAAGAUUAGUUAGCAGUUUCCACAGUAAAAGGUCAGCCGAUUAACUCUUCUGGUUGUGACAUCGAUCGGGAUCGAGACCUGCUCGAUCGAGACCACCUUCCCGGCCUCCUUCUUUUCUUGUUAUUCCUUGAAACAAUGCCCAUACGUACUAGCCCCAAAUUGUUAUUCCUUGUUACUGGAGCAUUAGACCCUUAUUAGUUGAAAAAAAGCUAGAAUCUCCUAUACCUCAAUUCAUGUGGAGGGUCAAUGAAACUAGAUCGUGUCUGAAGCUUUAUCCAUGCCUUUAGAACACAUUCUCAAGUUGACUAUCAAUUCAACGGGUGUAAAUUUUGCUUGUACUAGAGAGGAACCAACAUCACUGAUGCACAUAUAACAUGCAAGUGCAGUGGCGGAGCCACAGUCAAGGGAAUGGGGUCCCAGGACCCCACUUGGGAACAAUUAUGAGUAAAAAAUGCUUAGAUAAUUGCUGUAAAUUGGACUUAGGACCCCAUAAUAAAUCAUCUCACUCAACAUAUUAAGAGCUUCUCAUGUAUCUUCACCUUAGUUUCUAUAUAACCCACCACUUAGGACCCCAGUCAAGUUCAAAUCUGGCUACGCCACUGUGCAAGUGAUAAAAAUCCUUGGAUGCCUUAGGUUCGUAUUCCACAAGAUUUUCUAAUGUAUAACUACUCACACCACACCAUCUAUGCUCGAACUAGAAUAGUAAAGACUUUUAGUGGACCUAGGAAUAGUAAAUCCUUGGAUGCCCUACUCUACUCCUUUCUCUUGUAUUUCAUAUCUCAAUUAUAACUAUUUGAUCAAUGAGCCUUUGAUAGACCUAGGAUGUGUUUUUGUACUCUUUCAUGCCUUCUUGGUAUGUUUUUAUUGAUUUUCAAUGUACAAUAUGACCUAGGAGAAUUAGGAUCAAGCAUUGGAAACUCUAGAGGACCAAAGGAGCUAUAAAGAGAAGUAUAUGUAUUUUUCAUGAUAAAGACGAGGUCCGAUGACAAAGAAUCCUACUAUUAACCACAAGUAAAGCCCAAGAGAAGCUCAAGCAGAAGCAAGAACCAAUGACAACCCAACAUAGGGUCCAAUUGUCGCUCAUGGAAACCUGCAUAAACCGUGCCCAAAUAUUCAUGAGAGGUUGUCCAUGGGCCAAGAAGACCAGCCCAAGAAGAAAAGGGGCGGUCCCAACCGCUACUUAGCCGCCACCAAGAGGCCCAAGCCCAAAAUUAGAUCUUUGGGCCACGACUUUUUCCCUAAGUCAAAGAAACCUUGUCCUGGUCA